UUUUUUUUAUAACACGAGUAAUAAGAACUUAAAAAUACAUAUCAAUAUUAAAUUAAAAUUGAUAACUGUGCUUAAAAGUUGUAUUAACAAUACUGUUUAACGUUUAAGUAAAUAUUGCUACCACAGAUCCGAAAAUGAAAAUAAUGUUUGAGUUGUAAUAAAUUAUACAAUACAAUGGUAGACAGUGCAUUGACUGAAAAAGUACUGUUGGCCACUGGAGGAUAUGAUCAUACAAUUAAGUUAUGGCAUGCAAACACUGGAGUUUGCAAUAGGAGCUUGACACAUUUAGAUUCUCAAGUAAAUGCAUUAGAAAUAACUCCUGACAGACAACUCUUAGCUGCUGCAGGAUUUCAACACAUUCGUAUGUAUGAUUUAAAUUCAAGCAAUCCAAAUCCAAUUUUAAAUUAUGAAGGGAUUUCAAAAAACAUAACUGGUGUUGGAUUUCAUGAAGAUGGCAAAUGGAUGUUUACAUGUGGAGAAGAUUACUGUGCUCGUGUUUGGGAUUUAAGAUCUAGAAACUUGCAGUGUCAGCGUAUAUUUGAAACAAAUGCACCUAUUACUAGUAUAUGCCUUCAUCCAAAUCAAGGAGAGUUAAUAUUGGGUGAUCAGUCUGGUUUACUUCAUCUGUGGGAUUUGAAAACUGAUCAUAAUGAACAACUUAUACCUGAAGUUGAUGCUUCCAUACAAUGUGUGGCUAUUGACUCUAGUGCAAAUUAUGUUGCUUCUGUAAAUAAUAAAGGAAACUGUUACCUAUGGAAGUUGAAUGGAAAUGGUACUAGACUCAGUCCAAAGCACAAAAUGAUUGCUCAUAGAAAAUAUGCUCUUCAUUGUAAAUUUAGUCCAGAUUCAUCACUAUUAGUAACAUCUUCAGCAGAUCAAACAGCUUGUAUUUGGAAAACUAGUGAUUUUUCUUUAAAACAAGAAUUAAAAGAUGAACACCAAAGAUGGGUAUGGGAUACAGCUUUUAGUAAUGACUCGGAGCAUUUAUUAACAGCUUCAUCAGAUGGUAUGGCCAGAUUAUGGAACAUAGAGACUGGAAAUAUAGAACGAGAAUAUGAAGGACAUCAAAAAGCACUUACAGCUUUGGCAUUUUGUGAUUCAUUUAGUUAAAAAUCAUUAAGAAAUAAAGUUGGAGAAACAAAGACAUGCAUUUGUACCUCCAAAACCAAAUGCA